AUGAGCACUACAGUACAACAAAACUUUUUUGUGGCAAUGAUUGAUGCAAUCAGCUGUCCUCUGAAUAUAACUUUAUUCCUGAUAUGUGCACUGCUUGUGUAUUUGAGUCUUCGGCCACUGUUAAGAAAGAAAAAGACUAAGACAAUCCAGGUCCCGAAAAUGGGUAAACGUGAUUUUACGUUAGAAGAGCUCCAAAAGUUUGACGGCAAGGGUGAGCACAAGCGAAUACUGAUAGCAGUUAAUGGUAAAAUAUUCGAUGUCACCAAUAACGGACAGGAGUUCUACGGCAAAGGAGCACCUUAUGCAGUUUUCGCUGGCAAAGAUGCGUCCAGAGCACUAGCAUGUUUCAAUCUGGAGACUAAAAAUGAGUAUGACGAUCUCUCAGAUCUUACUCCUGAUCAGAUGAAGACCUUGAGAGAAUGGGAACUUCAGUUUUCUGAGCGUUAUGAUCAUAUUGGACGACUUUUAAAACCUGGAGAACCACAUCGAGUUUAUGAGAUUAAUGAUGGAGAAGAUGAAGUUGGCGGUACAAAUCAUAUUGUCCAACGGAGUUGCAAGGAGAAAAUAACCUGA